AUGACUCGAGGUCGCGCCAAAAAGGUCAAAGACCCCCAGCGCAGCAAACUCGUCGAGAAGUUCGGUGCGCGUUGGCUCGUUGUCGGUGCGAACACGGAUCAACCGUCGAAGAACAAGAAGAACGCCAUACUGAACGAGGCGCUUGCGUGGGUAUACGCGAAACUUGGUAGCAAGGAUCCCUGGCGUACUCUCAGCGCUAGUGAGUCUGCCGACCUGGAAACGGCCGUCGUCGAUGGCGAGGAGGAUGCGGACCCGGCGCCGGUGCAAGAGAAGGUGACGCAGUAUCGUCGGAUUCGUAAGGACAUUAACAUGGUGUUGACCUACCAUCUCAAGGCCACGGAGGCUGGUUUGGAUCCUCAGGUUGCCGCUCAAAAGGAGGCGGAAGAUGGAAGGAAGGUGAUCGUUGACCUGCUCCAAAGCACCCGCGUGGCCCCGCGCAAGAUGGCAGAGCACGCCAUGUUCAAACUCAAGAUGCGGCAGCCGGAGUGGGACGCUGAGAUUCGGUCGGAAAUUCAGGCGAAGGAAGAGGCGGCUCAGGCGCAGGGCAAAAGCAAACCGCUGGACGUCAACGUAGAACGCGAGUGGCUGAUCAAGAAGUAUAAGGCGACGGAUCAGGAGACCAAGAACGCUAUACGCGCUGCAGUCGAAGCGCAUUACCACGACGCGAUGGCCGACUUCGAGAGGACGUUGGAUCCUAAGACGGAGAGCGUGGACGACGUUGAAAGGUUCAUCAGCGACGUCGGACCCUUCUUACAGCGCUUAGUGGAGGUCGUCUCGCUCUCUGUGAAAGGUUGCGUCUGUCUUCUGGUUGGUGCGCCGGAACAGGACGAAGACGGCAAGCUUAUAGCUGAUGUUACGAGGUGGGAACAUACGGCCAUACCUACAGACCUGGACGAAGACCCACUGCAGUACUCCGACAUCGACAUCGAGGCCUUCAACCACGUCGUGCGUCGUUUCAAGCGACAAGCUCUGCUGGUGUCCAGGAUCAAUUUCGCUCCAGGCCAGGAGGAUCGUGCGGUGGCUUACGAUAAGUUAAGACGGUGGCAGGAGAGCGUGGCUGCUAAGCGCGGUGUGGGUUUCAUGGGCAGCCAGUCAUCGCGCGACGGGUCGACGCACGAGGCGUCAGCGGGCGGUCUUCAUCCGCAACUACCCGGCCACGUCCAUCACGAAGACGAGGAGGACGACUAUCUAAACCUCGUCAACCCGCCCAGCGGCGCGGCAUCUCCACAACCAAACGCUAUCGAGACGUCGCCGCAAAAGCGUGCCCCGCCGAGAUUUCCCUCGUCUCCACGAACCGACGGGUCGUACAGUCUACCGCCUUCCCCCAAAAGCGUGAGCGAGAAACGGGUUCUGUCUGGUGGAGGUGGGGCUUCGCGGGAUGUGUCGCCGACGGGGACGAAUGACGCGCCGAAGACGCCGCCGGCACAGCCGGACAACUUGCGUCGCUCUUCACCUCAAAGCUUCCCAGACAAUCGUGAUAUCCAGGGAGGGGAGGGCGCGAUGGGUGCAGGGCGCAGCGCGGAGGAGUCCGCGGGUCAAAGGAGCGGUGACGCGCCGAAGACGCCGCCGGCACAGCCGGACAACUUGCGUCGCUCUUCACCUCAAAGCUUUCCAGACAAUCGUGACAUCCAGGGAGGGGAGGGCGCGAUGGGUGCAGGGCGCAACGCGGAGGAGUCUGCGGGUCAAAGGAGCGCCGACCUAGAUGGCUUCCUUACGCAGGGCGCCGGAGAGCGCGCGUUGGGCAGCCAACAAGAGAUCGAGAAGAGGACUAAGGAGUCGCGUGGCGGUGUGCAGGGAGCUAACGUCGAGGACGCAGGUGGAAAGGAGGUUACUGAGACGCGCUCUGCUGCAGCGCACGUUUCGGUAUUCCGUGACUGGGAGGCUGUAGCUGCCCUGGAGGCGCAAAACCCGAAGGUGAGCUUUGGAUCAGCAAUAGCAGCGGAUAGGGUUAACAAAAGUCAGGACGUACAAGAAUUACGAGACGCUGUCGCAGCGGAACUGAACGACGUAGUGCGCGUGCCAGGCAUCGACGCGACUUUCGCUUCCAGGGGCAAGCCCGGGGCAUGGACACAAUUCGUCGAGGAGGCCGUGAAGCGCGCGCGCGAGUGGGCAUGCGACGAGAGACUGGUACUGGAAGUGGUACGGGCGUACGUGGAGUUCGAACGCCAGCUACCUAAGGCGACGACGAGAGUCGGUCUGGGGUGGAGUGCGUUCCCACUGCACGGCGAAGAAGAUCAGAUCCGACCGACUUACCUGCGCACCGUCCUGCCGAGGGCGCAGUACAAGGUGAAGUGGUGCCCUCUCGCUGCUCGCGGCGAAGCGCCAAGCGUCGACGGCGUCGACUGGAACCUAGGCAGUGCCCUCUCCAUUCAGUGGGCUCGCCUGCAGCCGAAGGAGCGCCGCGAUGAUGAGUUCAUCGCCGCAGCGCCCUCUGCUGACAUGGUGUGGGGGUUAAGCUUCGCCGGGGGCAAGCAGGGUGUUCGCUUGCUGAUCCUCGGGCUGCUCCUGUGGGCGGACGCGUUGGGCGAGAUACGAGACGGGACCACUGUGCAGGACUGGAAUGAUUUAGCGGCGGAUAUGGCUUUGGUGUUACGCGUUCGGGCGGAGCAGGAGAAGAAGUUGGCUGAGGAAAGGGUGGCCAAGGAAAGCACGAGUGCGGGGCCGUCGGACGGGACUAAGAGAGAGCGCCCGAAGACCUUAAAGCAGAGGCUAUUGGAUGCGGAAAAGGAAGCUGCAGAGAAAGAGGGAGGAGGCGCCAAGGGGAAGUCUGGCAGGGGUGACGCGACGGAAGUUGCUGCCAAAGCAAAGAAUACAUCCAAACGCAAGAAGCCGGACAGUGUAUAA